ACACAAUCAACAAAUGUCAAAACUUCAAAACAAGCAACAUGCGGUGCGGCAUCAGCAUGAUCGUGCAGUUAAAUUAAAAGUUGUGAUACAAAUUUUGGUUUAUAAUAUAGAAUUCCGAAAUGGGUAAGAAACAAAAACGUUACUUCGAUUCCGCUGCUGCGACAGAUGGUAAUGACGCGAGUGGUGAGCCAAAAAUUGCAAUUAAAAAAGAGAAAGAUAAAUCUAAAUCAAAGGAGAAGCCCCUCCACGGCUUAAUUAAAAUAAUACAAGUCAAUGAUAGGAGAGAGCGUGCAUUUGGUAGGAACCGCAAGGGAGGUAUAGGUAAAAAGGAUGCUGAAGUUCCUGUUGACCCCGAAGCGCUCAAAAGACAUGCCCGAGGAGACGGACUAAGCCUUAAAGGUGUUAAAAGUAAAUUUCAAAAGAUUAAUCAGCAACGCAGAGAAAUUAAUAUAGAGUUUGCUGCGGAGCAGGCAGCUCGAGCUGAAAUUUUGCUUAACGAGGAUGAAGGUUACCUGGAAGUAGACGAUGAUGAAGUCACCACCGAGAUUAGCCAAGCGGAAAUCGUUAAAAACGUUGACAUCACUACAGCCGCCAAGCACUUUAAUUUGCAGCUGGAGUUUGGUCCUUAUCGUAUGCGGUACACUAAAAAUGGAACAUAUCUGCUGCUGGGUGGAAAAAAAGGACACGUAGCGGCAUUCAACUGGGUUCGUAAAUCACUACUCUGCGAGAUGAAUGUGAUGGAAUCGGUUCAUGAUGUCACCUGGUUGAUGAAUCAAACAAUGUUUGCCGUGGCGCAGAAAAACUGGGUCCAUGUGUACGAUAGUAAAGGAACUGAAAUACACUGCAUAAAAGGAAUGAAUCGUGUGACUCGAUUAGAAUAUCUUCCACAUCAUUUUCUGCUGAAUUCAGCUAACGAAGAAGGUUAUUUAUCCUGGAUGGAUAUAUCCAUAGGAAAAACGGUAGCAUGCUACAACUGUCGAAUGGGUAACAUCAGUAUGAUGUGUCAAAACCCGUGGAAUGCUGUGACAUGUGUCGGAAACUCCAAAGGUGUCGUUUCCAUGUGGGCUCCUUCGCAGAAUCAGCCCUUAGCCAAAAUGCUAUGUCAUUCGAUGCCCCUUACGGCCGUUACUGUAGAUCCCAGCGGAAUAACUAUGGCAACGGCAGGCUUGGAUCGAACAAUCAGAUUAUGGGAUAUACGCCAACUUGACGGCCCUACAACGACCUACAAACUACAAACCGCCGCCUCCGGUAUUGAUAUGUCGCAGAAACGGUUAAUGGCAAUUUCAAUGGGAAACAUUUGUGAGAUUUUCAACAAACCAAACCUGGUUCAACAAAAUCUUCGGCCAUAUUUAAGGCAGCGUUUGCCCGCGACUAUCAGUAAUUUUCGCUUUUGCCCAUACGAAGAUAUAUUGGGAAUUGCUACAGGCACUGGUUUUACGUCGAUCAUCGUUCCGGGAGCUGGAGAACCAAACUUUGAUACCCUGGAAGCUAAUCCGUUCCAAACGCUCUCACAAAGACGUGAAGACGAAGUACACAGUCUACUGGAAAAGAUUCCGUCGGAGUUCAUUUCCCUUAAUCCUUCUCAAAUCGGAGAGGUGGAUAUACCUACAAUGAAGGAUCGAGUGGAAGCAAAGACCAAGCUGCUAACCAUGAAACCUCCGAAAAUUGAUUUUGAACCUCGGAUGAAAAAUCGUAUGUCGAAAGCGAAACGCUUCCGGAACAAACAAAUCGUGAAAGAGUCCAAACGGAAGGAGGCCAUACAGGAAAUUGUGGAGGCUAAAAAGGCUUUAAAACACGAGAGUGACCCGGUUGAGACGCCAGACUUUAUUCCUCUGGAAUCGAAAAAUGUGUUGGAUCGGUUUCAAGUUAAGAAAAAAUUGAAGAAAAAAUAGCAUUGUAAUGAAUAAAGUUGUUAAUAUGCGAAAAUGGUUUUAAGAUU